UUUACAUUUCACCAUCUUUAGAACAAAUGUUACACUAUGCAAUAUAUUGACAUAGGCGCUUUUAUUCUGAAGUUUUCCUCAUUACAAUAUGAUUAUGACGUAAUCGUUAGUGCUGCUGGCAGAAUACUAGUGGAAACUCCAAGGAAAUAUUUUCAAAAAUCCUAGGUACAGGGACGAUGAAGGUGAAAAUCAAGCAGUGGAACGGAGUAGCAUCCUGGCUUUGGGUGGCCAAUGAUGAAAACUGUGGGAUCUGCAGAAUGUCUUUCAAUGGUUGCUGCCCAGACUGUAAGGUUCCUGGAGAUGACUGCCCAUUGGUCUGGGGCCAGUGCUCUCACUGCUUCCACAUGCACUGCAUCCUCAAGUGGCUUAACUCCCAGCAGGUGCAGCAGCAGUGUCCGAUGUGUCGGCAGGAGUGGAAGUUCAAAGAAUGAGCUCACCUGGAAUGCAACGCUCGGAUGCCUUUCAAAGACUGAGACUAUUUCACCGGAUUUUAAUUUUCCCACGUGUACAUAAUGCUUUAUUAUUAUUUUUGUACAGUCUGAGGUCAUAGUUUGUAUUCUGUGGAGGGGUUUAAUCAGCGAAAAUGAAUGUGAAUAAAUGUAUGAUUUAAUCUUCAA